AUGCGCUUCGACGGCCUGCGCACGCGCAGCGCCAGCGCGCGGCCCUCGCCCAAGCCCGCGGCGUCUGACGUGCGUCCGAACCGCGGACACAGCGUCAUGCCGCCGGCCACGAUGCCUAUCCCGCACACCAUGACGCGUAAUAUGUCGCGUCCGGCGCCGUCUCCGUCCCUCUUCCCUCGGCCAGAUCUGGAGCCGCGUAUGAAGAAGCAUCUCGUGCGUGUGGCCAAUGAGACGUCUAAUGCUCUGAUCAAAGACACAUUGGCUCAGGACGAGCCGGGCAGCGUGCUGUGGCGUCCGGCACAGCGGCCUCGAGGCGCGCCGGGCAAUAUCCACGUGCUGCGUGGCGCUGCUCAAGACGUUAGUGAAGCCAAAGACGCCACGUGCGUACGAGCCAUCAGCGACGACGUCCACGCGAGUAUCGAGGAAUUCGCGCUCUUGUUCAAACUGGACUCGAGUCGGGAAGCUGCGGACCAUUUGUUGCUGUUCAACGCCGACUUGGUGCAACACUCUACGCUGUAUACACUCGUAUCUCCUUCCGGGCAACAACCACGUCGAUAUGUGGGCGUGAAAUGGGCUCUAGUGGCAUCUCCGUCCAGGUUCUUUAGGAACCGAGACUUCUGCUACUUGGAGUGUCAAAAAGAGUUUACAGAUGCAAGAGGGAGACGCGGAUGGGUUCGAUCGCUGCAUUCAUUAAAGCUUCCUUGCUGUCCGUCAUUAGAGAAGGAGCACGGGGUUGUACGUGCCAGUAUCUAUCGAUCUGGCCUUACAGCAGUGGAGACGGACGAACCAGGCGUGCUCAGUGUGACGUACACCAUGGAGUUGGACUUGAAAGGUAAAAUGGCAUUGGAAUUACUGCAGCCUACAUUCUUAGCGCAACGGGUUGCAGCUCUGGCAACAGUAGACAAGCUGUUGCAGCAACAGCGACUAAGUAGCAGCCCCUUACUAGGCGAUCUGGAUAUCCCAGCGAGGAAACGCACACGUGGCAGUUGCAACUUGUGUUUCCGUGAGUUUGUGACUGCUGGGGGCCUCCGAGACACACUGGCCUCGAUUACCAACAUGUCGACCAAGUCUAAGCGCUACGUGUGCCGUAAAUGUGGCGAGGGUGUGUGUCGACGAUGCAGCGACGACUGGUGGCUUGACGUUCCAGUUGUAGGACGCACCAAGGUUCGUAUCUGCACUGUGUGCUCCGCAGAAGCCAAGCAGUCGCACAUUUCAGCACACACGACGCGUGCCGGCACGUGUCCGGUAAGAGGACACGGCAAGGAGCCGGUAACGGAAGUGGAAGGUGUCACGCAUCCUGGUUUACUGGAGCCACCGCAACACGAACGGAGACGCUCGUUAUCGAUGCUGGACCGACCGAGCGACGCGGCAUCUUUUUUUGCGCAACAAGAUGAGAUCAAACGCGACUUGGAGGUGCGUGCCACUGAGCUAAGUCGACGUGUUCAGCUAUGGGACGAGAUGCAGGUUCGUAUUCCUUCUUCCCGAAAAGCCGGACGUCAACCGAUCGAUCGGUUCCCUUCGUUUAUGUCGUCGGAGCUCAGUAGUAACCAGGAGCCCAGCGACAACGAAGGCGAGGAGGCUGUCCGUCUCACAGCUGAAGCUGGCGCGCGACUGUCGUCUGACUACCGCGACAGUGACUUGACGGACUAUGAAGAGCACACGAUCGAUGGCUUGGGGGAGAUCCGCACUACCACGGACCUCACGCGUUGGUGGCAAGACCAACAACGCGCAAGUGAGACUGUGGCCGCUGCAUCAGUGAAGAAGCAGGAAAUGGUUGAUUUGUUUAACCACUGGAAGCGGGAGUCUACGAACGAGAUGUCUCAGCACCAGAGACACAAUUUUCAUUCCGAGCAGAUGCAGGAGUUCGAAGAGCAGGCUCGUUAUCAGGAGGAACAGGCACGUCGUCGUCAGCAGUCCGACUUUGAGGAAAUGGCGCAGUAUCAAGAGGAGCAAGCUCGUCGUCGACAACAGUCUCUUGAGUCGCCGGUUCGUCGAUCCGAGUCCGUUAAACAGCGUGAACCUCAACCUGCUGCGUCGGUGCUGCAACAGAUCCAGCAACGCCAAAAGGAGCUGGAGAACCUGCGUCGCCACCGUCAACAACCGCGUGAUGACGAGCCACCAAGCAGCCAGUUUUCAGUCGACUCGCAAUCGUCUAUAGCGGUUAAGGAGCGGUAUCUCCAGGAACAGCGACAGCAGCAGCUGGAUACCGCUGCAGAACGCAAGAAACAAGAUCGUCUACGUGCGAAUAAAGCGCUGGAUCAAACUGCCGGCGAGGAUGUAGAGUUAAUGGAAACGUCUCAAGGUGAGUGGGUCCCGGCGCGAGCCAGCAAGGAGACCGACGUUGCGUCGGUGGUGAGCUCACCCCGACACGGACCGGGGUUCUGUGACCACUGCGGAUGUCCCGAGUAUAUGGAGAACGGAACCGUGAAACCUAGUUGCAAGUGCAACACCGUUGCGACUCCUACGAAGGCUGCCGGCACUGUUCUAUUCGACGGCAAAUGGAUCAGCAGCCCCACGCCUCAGGAAUCGUAA